GGAUUAGUAGCCCGUUUACCGAUGGAUCUGUGUUUAAUUCUUACCAAACGACUGGUCACUUCACUGGCAAGCCACUCCGCAAAUCGGAACGCGGGGAACUUUUUUCUCCCUUCGCGCGGAGGGUGACGUCGCACGUGCGUGAGCGUACCUAUCGCAGUGCCCGUUACGCUCUUGCGCGUGCGUACUGAGAUCGAAUAGCUGCUUCCUCCCGCUUCUCUUCCUCCCUCCCCCCAUAUCCGUGCGCCGAGCUGAUAAAGGCGCCAUUUUGGAGGGGCCGCGGGAGACGUGGUGUCGCUGCGGGCUCGCUCUGCCGUGCGCUAGGCUUGGUGGGAAGGCCUGUUCUCGAGUCCGCGCUUUUCGUCGCCGCCAUGUCGGGAGGUGGUGUGAUUCGUGGCCCGGCAGGGAACAACGAUUGCCGCAUCUACGUGGGUAACUUACCUCCAGACAUCCGAACCAAGGACAUUGAGGACGUGUUCUACAAAUACGGUGCUAUCCGUGACAUCGAUCUCAAGAAUCGCCGCGGAGGACCGCCCUUCGCCUUCGUUGAGUUCGAGGACCCUCGAGACGCGGAAGACGCGGUAUAUGGUCGCGACGGCUAUGAUUACGAUGGAUACCGUCUGCGGGUGGAGUUUCCUCGAAGCGGCCGUGGCACCGGCCGAGGCGGCGGCGGGGGUGGAGGUGGCGGGGCUCCCCGAGGCCGCUAUGGCCCCCCAUCCAGGCGUUCUGAAAACAGAGUGGUUGUCUCUGGACUGCCUCCAAGUGGAAGCUGGCAGGAUCUGAAGGAUCACAUGCGUGAAGCAGGUGAUGUAUGUUAUGCUGAUGUUUACCGAGAUGGCACUGGUGUCGUGGAGUUUGUACGGAAAGAAGAUAUGACCUAUGCAGUUCGAAAACUGGAUAACACUAAGUUUAGAUCCCAUGAGGGAGAAACUGCCUACAUCCGGGUUAAAGUUGAUGGGCCCAGAAGUCCAAGUUAUGGAAGAUCACGAUCUCGAAGCCGUAGUCGUAGCAGAAGCCGUAGCAGAAGCAACAGCAGGAGUCGCAGUUAUUCCCCAAGGAGAAGCAGAGGAUCACCACGCUAUUCUCCCCGUCAUAGCAGAUCUCGCUCUCGUACAUAAGAUGAUUGGUGACACUUUUUGUAGAACCCAUGUUGUAUACAGUUUUCCUUUACUCAGUACAAUCUUUUCAUUUUUUAAUUCAAACUGUUUUGUUCAGAAUGGGCUAAAGUGUUGAAUUGCAUUCUUGUGUAAUAUCCCCUUGCUCCUAACAUCUACAUUCCCCUCAUGUCUGAUAAAAUGUAUUUUAAGUGAUGUCAUAGACAGGAUUGUUUAAAUUUAGUUAACUCUCCAUGCUCUUCAGACUGUGAUAUUGUGUAAAUGUCUAUUCUGCUCUGGUUUGUGUGAACUGGGGAUGUUGGGGGGUGUUUGUGGUUAUCUUACCUGGGGAAGUUCUUAUGUUUAUCUUGCUUUUCAUGUGUCUUUCUGUAGACAUAUCUGAAGAGAUGGAUUAAGAAUGCUUUGGAUUAAGGAUUGUGGAGCACAUUUCAAUCAUUUUAGGAUUGUCAAAAGGAGGAUUGAGGAGGAUCAGAUCAAUAAUGGAGGCAAUGGUAUGACUCCAAGUGCUAUUGUCACAGAUGAAAUUGGCAGUAUUGACCUUAUACUAAAAGGCAAGGGUUUAAAGUGAUUAUAUACAUCUACCUUAAAACACUUGCAAACAUCUUAUGCAGUUAUCUUUAGCUACAAUUGCUUUGCUCUUUAAACCUUGGCAAUUGUGGCAAAUGUUACAUUGCCCAUUUUGUAACAGUUUAUUUUGCUCCCUUCCCCCCUUUUUUGUUUUAAUAGGGACUAAUGUGGGAAGAACUGGCUAAUUUGUCACAGUGCUUAGUUACAACUGUUAAUGUGUGACCUGCUGUUGGUGUACAUGUGGGUACAGGGUGUCUUUAAUUCCAACCAGAUAGAGUAUAAUAUCAAUACUGCUAAAUCUGCAUGUCCUCUGUGUGACUGAUAUAGCGUUGCUAUUUCAUUUUUUUAAGACAAAAUGAAAGCAAAAUAGAGAAUUCCAAUGUAUCGGUGUAGAUAAUCUAGUUGGGAAUACUUUUUAAGUCUCACCUUCCCCUUUUAACUAAUAUUCAUAAUUGACUCGUUUAAAACACUUUAAUUUACAAAUUAAAUUGCAGAUGGGAGCAUUAGGUUUAGUUUAGACUUAGGGUGGGUAGCAAUACCAGUAAACUUUUCAACUACAUAACUUUUUGCAACCACAAAACCUGUAAUACGCUGUACAGUAACAAGUGUUGGCAUUAUCAGUUGAACUGUAAAUAUAAAAUGCUUCUUCCAAUUAGUCUCUAUGAUGAUUAAGUUUCUAAAAUUUAUCUGAACACCAUUCAGAAACUUGUUUUGGGGAAUUUGAUAGUUAUUGAUGUACAUCUGUUAAACUGAUGACAGACAUAACUCAUCAUUCCCCAGAAACCUUUUUUGAUUACAGUAUCUAACAUUUUGCCUCCUCUUUUUUGGUUUUGCUGGUUAUAAAGGUUUGGAUUGGAGAGGGCUCACUGGAUCCCAAUCCUUGGAGCUGGAUCAUUGGAUUCAAAUCAUAAUGUGGAUAGGAUAGGGAGGAUGAAUUACAAGGAUUCAUGGAGCGGGAUCAGAUUACCAGGAACAUAGGAGUGGAUUCCUGCCCCAACCAAACCGCAUUCGUGUGGAUUUUUUUUUUUUUUUUUUAUUCAACUUAAUUGGCUAUUCCAAAGAUUUUUUUUUUCCUAUUUUUGACGAUUGGAGCCCUUAAGAUGCACGAUGGAAUUGUGUUUUGCAUUUUUUGGUAAAAGGAGCAAAGCGAGGACCUGGAGAUAAUACGCUGGAGCAAUCUCCUUGGAAGGAUUCAGCACGAGUAGAUGGUAAACAUUUAAAGGGGAAAGGGGGGGUUUGUUUAAAAUAGUAAAUCAGUAAGUCACUUCUAAAUUUAAAGAACAAAAUUGGAGUUGAAGAAUAAGUAGGUUUCCAAUUGGCUAUUGCCGUUUUUCUUUGAAAAAAAAAAAUAAACAUUUUUUAAAAAACUA